GAAGGGUUUCCCUAGUGUUAGCUAAACAACAUCACGACGACCUUUGAAGUCGCCAACCCCAGUCGAAUGAAUGAAGUCCGGACGCACGUUUUAGCAUGUCAAUUUAUGCCAUGAGUGCCCUGUGCCGUGUUUUGACAAGGGGAGCGCCCUGCGGCCCGUCGUCAUGUUCAUCUGUAACGGGACUUCGGGAUUUUUGCAGCGGAGUCUCGCGGCUGGACCGCGCUGGCAGUGACAGCAUGAGAGCCGCCAGCCCUGUAAACCUGACCUAUGAUGUGUUUGAUGGGAAAGGCGACAGCACGCCAUUGGUGUUUCUUCAUGGCUUGUUUGGGAGCAAAUCAAACUUUCACUCCAUAGCCAAGUCUCUGGUUCAGCGGACCGGCAGGAAGGUGCUGACAAUCGAUGCUCGAAACCAUGGAAAAAGCCCACACAGCCCUGUCUUGACCUACGACACAAUGACUAGCGAUCUGACACAUCUGCUGGGACAGCUGCACAUUGGGAAGUGUGUCCUGAUUGGACACAGCAUGGGGGGAAAGGUUGCAAUGACUACAGCCUUAUCACAGCCUAAUUUAGUGGAGCGGUUGGUUGUUGUGGACAUCAGUCCCUCUCUAACUUCAGCCCACACCAAUUUCCAUGCCUACAUUCAGGCAAUGAAAGAGGUGAAGAUCGCCAGUGAUAUUCCUCGUUCCACAGCGCGAAGACUGGCUGAAGACCAGCUCAGGAAGAUAGUUAAGGAGCGUUCGGUGCGUCAGUUCCUCCUCACUAACCUGGAGGAGCAAAACGGUCACUAUGGCUGGAGGAUUAACCUGGAAUCCAUCUCAAACCACCUAGAGGACAUCAUGGGUUUCCCUGAAUUUGACAACACCUAUGAGGGCCCUACUCUGUUUUUGGGUGGCAGUAGUUCUGCCUACAUAAGCUCUGACGAUUACCCCGAAAUCCAGCGGCUUUUUCCUUGUGCCGAUAUCCAGUACAUCCCAGAUGCCAGUCACUGGAUUCACGCUGACAAGCCUUUGGAUUUCAUCAGCUCCAUAAUCACUUUCUUACAGCCAUAGACCUCGUCUCUACUGAGAAUCGAUGCAGGUGGGCCCAAUGCUAAAGGCACAGAAACUGAAUUGUUAAGGGUUUGGACCAAGAUGAGUUCAAUCUAGUCUUUAACCUUAUAAUGCACAAUUGAGCCGCUAUUUGAUUCCUGAUAGUUAGUGUAUUCAUUUUUUCAGUGUGGUAUUUGCACUGUGGCUUAGCAUAGUAUAUUAUAUACUGAUUUAUAUAGAGAUGCUGUCCUAAACUUUCGGUCUAGAACAUUUGUUUGUAGCUCUCAAGUAUAACAUGUUACAAAACAGCGGAUCCAGUGGCUUUAAAAUGAAAUACUCUACCUUCAUAUUUAAUAUGAUACCUGAAUUAGAUUUUGAUAUUUGUUAUAUAUCAGUUUAUUUUAAAACAAUAGCACUGUACACACACAAAGAACACUCAUAGCUAGUGGUUAAUGUGCUUUUCUUAUUAUUUAUGUUUGUAGAAGCUUGAAAAGUGACUUUUAUUGACACUUUUAGUAGAUGUAAACAAUAUAUUGUCUGUAAAUAAUGAUACUAAAGCCAGGUAUUGAUCUGUUUUUUGCUUAUUGUACAGAUUUAAUUAUUUGUACUUCAUUUUCUACACAAUAUAUAAUACUAAAAGUCAAUAAAAGUCACUUUCUUCAAAUGCAGAGUUAUUUUUUUCCACCUCACAUAUUUUUAACAGUGUAGCUAAAUAAUGCUGGACUUGAUUUUAACUUUUAUUAUUAUUAUUUUUUAAUUAAAGAGCAUAUUGUUGACAUGGACACCCUUUCUCAGCGCUCUGAUAAGAAAUACAAAGAUGUCUAUGCAACAGUGUGUGACUUAUUUACCUGUUUUCCAUCUGAAAGCAUCUCAUCUUUAGAUUCAGCGAGACCACAACACUUUGAUGUACAGCUAGUCUGAAUAAUUUAACACUAUACGACAUAAUUUAGUGUAUUUUCUUUCUUCGAAAACUGUCAAACCUGUCAUAAGGCAGGUGUUUUAUAUUGAUUUACGACAAAUGACAGUGCUGCAAAUGUAAAGACACCUACAGAUCAUCAGGAGGGCUGUCUUGUACUGCAUUUUUGUUACAAACACAAAUUUCUUGGCCCUGGGUCCUUUUAUUUUGUGUUUUAAAAAUAGUUCUGUAUAUUAAACAGAUAAUCAAUAACAAGAUCGAAUAUAAAAGCAUGUGAUGAAAUACCUGUUCGACCGCACAGUUGAACGUUUUGUAACAUGUACAGGUAUGUUAGUGUGAUUUACGAUAUAGAGAACAAUGUGCCUACCUCUGCACACUGUCUUUUCAGCUAAUCUAGGUAGGUUUAUUACUGUUCUGGGUAGUUAUUGAAGUACCAAAGCAGAGGUUUAUGGGAUUUUCCUCGACCAGUGUGUGUGUGGGAGGCACACAUUUAAGAUUAAGUCUUCAGCUUCUGUUAUAAGGGGAUAUUUUUGUUCACUUGUGGAAGUGUCGAGUAUUUUGUAUAUCCGCAUACACUAUAUAUACCGGUUAUAUAAAUGUAUAAUAUAUUAAAUAUUAUAUUUAUGACUACAGCAUCUUAAUGAUUGAUACAUAAAGAAAUAUGCUGCAAAAUGACAUAUCUUAAAUGUCAGUGUGUGUGUGUUCUCUCAUGUCACGUAAUAAUUGUAUUGAAUGUGUAUAUGGUGGAACACUAAAAUCAUAGCACUGCCAUUGCUUGUUAUGUCUAUUUAGACACAGUUUGUGGUGUUUAUGUGUGUUUACAUGGAAAUGUAUCUUUCAGAAUAAUUUAAAAACGACUGCCAGUGAUUUUUAGCAGCGCUAAUAUCUUUUGCCAGCUACUUAAAAACAAUGGCUUGGGUCUUUGCGAAGACGUUUUUGCCUGGACGUUUUUAGCUAUUCAGUGGACUGUUUCAUAAAGCUCGAUGUCAAUGAAAAUCUCAAAAAUGUCUUCAUUAUGAAACAGCCCUCUCUGUUUUGAAGAAUGUACAUGUAUGCAAUACUAAAUGGAACGAAUCAGUUGAGGACGUAAUGCACAGACUUUUUAAAAAUAAUCUAGUGUCAGCUUAUUCAUGGUGAGAUUAAUAUAUACAUUUUAGGUCUGUUAUCUUGGUACUCAGAGUACUUGAUAUAUUUUUAGUGUAUGUAAUGUAUCCUUAGAGCAUCAAACCUAUUGUGAACUCAUGCAGUAUUGUUUGUUUGUGUGAAAGUGGACGUGACUAAAUGUAUUGAUAUUAUUUGAUACAAAUUGAUGCAGGCACUUGUUUUAAUGAUAUAAUGUGUCAAUUCUGAGAGGUCGUGGAAGUGUGCGUGGUUGUGCAGGCAGUAAUAGUUGAGUCAGUGUUGAACAGUUUGUAUGGGUGAAUUGCAUGCUGGAGUGUAUCUGUGUGCAGAUUUGUUACUGAUAAAUAAAUGUGGACGUCUUUAACCUGC